AAAUGAGCAGCAUACUGUCACUGAAGAAGAUUGUGCAUUGUCAGCCUUAGCCACAACAUCGGGUCCAGCUUAUGGUUCUGGUAAAAAGAAUGGAGGCAGAGAAAUUAAAGAAAUUCAAGAUGAUUCUGCGCCCAUUCUGCUUGUUUUCAUUUGUGGUCUUCAGUUAACAUCAAGGCGGCUUUUGCCUUUAUUUGAUGACUUUGUUUCAAGUGUUCUCAGGGAAAUAGCAGAAUCUCGGCAUAUAGACUGGCCUAUUACAUUGAAAACACCUCAGAUACCAAAAACAACAGAAUUUGAGAAGAAAUGGAAUGAAGAUUAUAAGCCAAAAAUUCUCAGCACACAAUAUAAUUACGAAUAUAAGUAUGCGUCCACUAAUUCGUUCUCAUCCUCAUCUUCUACCGCUAAGACCAUAAUAAAUGAUGGUGAUGACAUUGAUGACAUUGAUGAAAAUAUCGGAGGAGCUCCUAGACAGUCCACGUUUUGGACAAGUGAUUGUGGUGGCACUUCUGCAGCUGAUAGUAAAAUCCACAUUCUUGAAAGCCUUAGUCUUUUAGACGAAGCUGUGAAACAUAAUCUUGAAAAUCUCUCUUCAGAAGGACCAAGAAGGUUAACAUUGAAUACAACUGCAGUUGUGAGUUAUGAUUCUGAAACAACCGACAUAGAAGAUGAAGAAGGCAAAACAUGUGAUGUUAAGGAAACAAAUGAAAUUAGAUAUCCUACUGAGAUAUUAUGA